UCCCUAACUAGACAUGAUGGCCUUAAUUAGGCAGUGAAGCUGAAAGACGAAUUUCCUUCUCACAGUGCUCAAAUGACAUUUAAAGUUGAGAAAUGUAUCUGAGGUUAGGCCUGUGAAAGGCAUCCAGAUCAGCUAAAUCACUUAUCAUACCCUGGUCAUGGAGUACACUGAAAGACUUAGUGACAAGGCCUUUCCAAAUGGAGACAUCUAUAGUGGUAAUUUUAAGGGAGUACUGCCCAAUGGCAAGGGUAGAUAUACAUGGUCAGAUGAAACAAUUUACGAAGGUGAUUGGGAACUUGGAAAAAUGACAGGGAAAGGACAGAUCAUUUGGACAUCAAGGGCAAAAUAUGAGGGUGAUUUCUCUGGGGGUCACCUUCAUGGUUUUGGCACCUUUACUCAACCUGAUGGCACUGUUUACAGUGGAGCGUGGAGAAUGAAUGUUCAGCAUGGAAUUGGAAGAAAGCAGUAUUUUAAUUCUGAUACAUAUGAAGGUUCAUGGAAGGAAGGAGUACCUGAAGGUUGUGGCAGGUAUUGCUGGAAUGGUGGAGACACAUAUAUCGGGAAUUGGAAAGGUGGUAAAAUGUGUGGUAGAGGGGUUAUGAAAUGGGUAAAUGGUGAUCUUUAUGACGGAUUUUGGUUAAAUGGGGUUAGACAUGGGUCUGGAAUUUAUAGGUUUUCUGGUGGGGGAUAUUAUGUUGGAAAGUGGAGUAGGGGCCUAAAAGAUGGAAAAGGAACAUUCUAUCCUGCUGGAUGUAAACAUCCAACUCUAAAUAAGUGGUGUGACUCUCUCAGAGAUGAUGACGGAAAAUGUUUUUUGUCUAAUAGUUCGUCAUUGAACUCAGAGGAAGGUAGUGGUCCAAGACCAAGUGUCAAGCGCAGUCUUUCUGAGAAGAUUCUUGUUGAUGGAACUUUAAGAAAUACAGGUCGAAUUUCACAUAAGGCGUCAUUGUUAGAAGAAAAUUGGAGUCUCUGUGAUCCUGCCAGGCACUUUAGAUGUCAUGAAUCUUCAGGCAUGUCAUCCUACAUCUUUGAUGAAGAUCAACAUGAGGCACAAGAUAACAGCACUCUAUUUUAUGAACGGGAAUACAUGCAAGGAGUUUUAACCAAAGAGAGAAUUAGGAAAUAUACAGAGUCAUCUCGCAAAACUAAACAGCAUAAAAAGUUUAAUGUGAAAGAAACAACAAGGAGCUCAUGUCUGGAUUUUUUCAAAGGAAAUCAGAGCUAUUAUUUAAUGCUUAAUCUGCAACUUGGUAUAAGAUACACUGUUGGCAAGAUUACACCAGUGCCCAUGCGUGAAGUGCGAUCUUCUGAUUUUGGUCGUCAAGCUAGAAUAAGGAUGUAUUUUCCCAGCAAGGGUUCCCAGUUUACACCUCCACACCAUUCUAUUGAUUUCUAUUGGAAAGACUAUUGCCCAAUGGUCUUCAGGAAUUUGAGGGAGAUGUUCAAGCUCGAUGCGGCUGAGUACAUGAUGUCCAUGUGUGGUGAUGAUGGUCUAAGGGAGCUUCCUUCUCCCGGGAAAAGUGGCAGUAUCUUCUAUCUUUCUCAUGAUGACAGAUUUGUUAUUAAGACAUUAACAAGCCCGGAAUUGAAGGUUCUCCUCAAGAUGCUACCUAACUAUUACCGUCACGUAGGAGAACAUGAGAACACUCUCAUAACCAAAUUUUUUGGGCUCCACAGGAUAACAUUAAAAGGUGGAAAAAAGGUACGCUUUGUGGUCAUGGGGAAUAUGUUUUGCACAGAACUACAAAUUCACGAUCGUUAUGAUCUAAAAGGGUCAUCUCAUGGAAGAUUUACAGAUAAAGACAAAAUUGGCGAGAUUACCACAUUGAAAGAUCUCGAUCUAUCAUAUGAAUUUCGCAUGGAUAAAUUAUUGCGAGAAUCCCUUUUCAAACAAAUUUAUCUGGACUGUACGUUCUUAGAAUCUCAGCAGAUUAUUGAUUAUAGCCUUCUCUUGGGGUUACACUUUAGAGCUCCUGAGCAUCUGAAGGCUCUCUUAGAAAAUGCCAGUGCUAUGCACAAUCAUGAGAGUUUACCUUCUGGUGAUGGUGCAAUUUUGCAAGGAGAACCCAUGAUUUCUUCUAAGGGCCUGCUACUUGUAACUCAUGAGCCCAGCUUUGUCAACACGGCACCAGGUCCUCACAUCCGAGGAAAUACAUUGAGAGCAUACUCUUUAGGUGACAAGGAAGUUGAUCUCUUACUACCUGGUACUGCAAGGUUACGAGUGCAGUUAGGAGUUAACAUGCCGGCUCAGGCUAUUCGCAAGCUUCAGCGGGAUCGAGAGGAUGAUUCUGAAAUUGGACUUUUUGAGGUUUAUGACGUUGUUCUUUACAUGGGCAUAAUCGAUAUAUUGCAGGAAUACAAUGUGAAAAAGAAACUGGAACAUUCAUACAAAUCAUUCAAAUUUGACCCCCUUACAAUAUCAGUAGUUGAACCCAAGCUGUAUGCCAACCGUUUUUUCCAUUUCUUGAAGAAGGUUUUUCCAGAAAGGCCCUGAAGAAGAAGAAGAAGACCACCUUCAUGUAAUUUUCUUUUUUCUUUUAUAUAUAUAUAUUGGAAAAAGCAUCGUUUCUUUGCGUGCUAACAUGUAAUUCUUUGACAGUCAAUUCAUUGUAAAGUAUAAUAUCACUUAAUAAAUAAUCCCAUUCACUUAAU